AUGCCGUCGGUUGAUAAAAAGAAGGCCCUGGCGAAGAAAGAGGCGGCAGGUGUCGCAACGGCUGGGGAUCUUGUAAAUGGGACCGAUGAGGAUGGUCAGACCGAAGAAACUGUACCAUCUCACACCGAAGACGAGGUUCCCGGUCGGCAUCGCACGACCAGUGUAGGUGAUGACGGCCUUGUUGGUAGUGAUGAUGAAGAUGAAGAAGUCCAUAAAUCCCUUGUUGAGACCCUGGAAUGUUUAGACCUAAUCAGCAACCGUAAUGCUCAGGGUCGCUCUGUGACCUCCGUAUUGGCAUCACAUCCAGGGGCUCGUGAUACCAGGUUAGAGUUGAACAUUGGGCGGCGCUACGGUCUUAUCGACCCGAAUGGUUGCGGAAAGUCCACUCUACUCGCGGUUAUGGCCAACCGCGAGCUACCCAUACCGAACCACAUAGGUAUUUUUCUACUUCAACGAGAAAUGGUACCCAGGGAUAAAACAGCACUCCAGUGCGUGAUGGAAGUGGAUGAAGAGCGACAGCGGUUACAGCGCGAAGCCGGAGAGCCAGCCGCACGUGAAGAUACGGAGAGUAGUGAGCGCUUGGUCGAAGUAUACGAGCGUCUGGAGCAUUUGGAUGCAGACAAAGCAGAAGCCAAGGCUGCUAUGCUCCUUCAUGGUCUAGGAUUCACAAAGGAGAUGCAACAGAAGCAGGUCAAAAACUUCAGUGGUGGUUGGCCAAUGUGUAUCGCACUAGCUCGUGUCCUAUUUGUUCGACCAGCCCUAGUUCUGCUCGAUGUGCCCACAAAUCACAUCGACUUAAAUGCUUGUGUAGUUGGAACGUGA